ACUUAGCUUACUUUCCCUCAAAUCCCACUCGUAGGCCUCUAGAACUGCUCCUCGGUCGCCUCUCGCUUGGCCCCGACACAGCGAAGGGCUCAGGACCCGGGUAAAGCCUCAGGAUCCUCGGAUAACAACUCACCAGCACACACUACACCGACGAAAACGGCUAAAUUCCCGCAUGUGAUCCUACAUGCAACACUGUUGGGCGACACUAGCGCCACUCCGACACAGCGGCCCCGGGGAGAACUACCGCGGAUCAAUGAGGGCCCUCCGGACGAGAUAAAGAAACCGAGAUGUUUCGCAUAUUAAUUUCCGUCUGUUUGUCUGUGGUCCGAUCCUAAGGAAUUCCUCCAAGGGCGUUCCCCGUUCUUAAGAAAACGUCGCCACUUCGCCGGGAUAACAAAAUCGGGCCUAAGGUCUACUGGCCCAUCGCAGUGGCACUGAGCAUCGCGUUCAGCGCACGCCAGACCUGCUGACCUGCGUGGAUGCUGCACGUCGAUGUAAACAAACUGUCACGCCCUCAGGUGUGAGGGAUGGAGCCCCUGGAGCUGGUGCCAGGCCGCUACAUCGGGGAGGGCCAGCCGUGCUUCAUCAUCGCGGAGAUCGGGCAGAACCACCAGGGCGACGUCGAACUGGCGAAGAACCUCAUUCUGCGGGCGAAGGAAUGCGGUGCAGAUUGCGUCAAGUUUCAGAAGUCUUCCCUGAAGGACAAGUUCAACCGCCACGCCCUCGCCCGCCCUUACUCGGGUCCUCACGCGUGGGCGGACGCUUACGGCGCCCAUAAGGAACACCUCGAGUUCUCACGCGAAGAAUUCCAAGAACUCCAGAAUUAUGCCAGGGAAGUGGGGAUUCCCCUUACGGCAUCGGCCAUGGAUAUUCCCACGGUCGAGCUGCUAGACGAGCUGGGUGUUCCCUUCAUUAAGGUUGGCUCUGGCGAUGUUCACAACCUCCCCCUCCUCCGUCGCGCCGCCGCCACGGGUCGCCCUCUCGUGGUUUCCUCAGGUAUGUCCGACAUCGAGUGGGUGUCACGGGUGUACGAGGAACUCAGCGCCGCGCAAGACCCGCCCACGCCCUUGGUCAUCCUGCAGUGCACCUCAGCCUACCCGACGCCCCCCGAACACGUCCACCUACGCGUCCUCGACACCUACGCCCAGGUGUUCCCUCACGCCCACAUCGGAUACUCGGGCCAUGAGCUGGGGAUUCACGUGACUGUGGCGGCCGUGGCUCGAGGAGCGAGGGUUGUGGAGAGACACAUCACACUCAACAAGAGCUGGAAGGGCAGCGACCACGCGUGUUCCCUCGAGCCCCACGAACUGAGGGAACUCGUGGAGGCCGUGAGGAGCGUGGAGGCCGCCCUCGGGAGUCCCCUCAAGGCUUUCCAGCCAUCGGAGGAACCCUGCUUCUUGAAGCUCGGGAAAGACGGUAGUGGCCGGCCGGAACCUGAAGGCGGGGGAGACGCUGCGGGAGGAGGACGUCGUGGCGAAGGUGGCCGAGCCGCGCGGCCUCCCUGCGACCCGUCUGGACGAGCUGGUGGGCGGGUGCCUCAACCGCGACGUGGAGGCGGACGAGAGCAUCCUGGAGGAGGACGUCUUGUGAGGCGAGGAGGGCUGGGUGCGCCUGGAGCGAGGGUGUCGUCGGAGGCCUAGGCACUGAGGGAUUUACUUCAGAGGAUUUCUUAUCUCUGGCGUCGGAGAGUUCGUUGUGAAGAUAAAGGGAAUAACAGAGGCGGUCGUGGACAGUGAAUUUCGUCGGCGGAAGUAAGCCUGGCAGCGUCGUCUAAGCCGUUACGUGAUUCCUAACCCGUAUCCUCAUUGUACUCGUGCAAUGUAAAGUAGGCGAGUCGAUUAAGGAAUCGGCGAAGUACGUUUCGAUUGGCCUUUUAAGUGUUAAGUCGUCCCUAUGAAUUUACAAGUUUUAAAUAAUUUAAGCGUCUUUUAUACUCAUUUACAUCUCAUAUAUAUUAAUGAUUUAUGUAUUCGUGAUCGAUAUAAAGUUAUGCCGUUUCUGUAUGACGGGAAUGGUGAGUGUGUAGGUUGGCACACACGUUACGCCGUUUAAGUGUAAAUCCUGGAGAUAAUUUUCUGAUCAGUAGCGUUUCCUAAGUCACUCGAAUGAGCAGAAUACAAUUUGCGGCAGUCAGUGCACCUAUCAGCCUAUUUUAAGUAUUCUGACGUCACUAGAACCUGGGGGAUUAUUACGACAACGACUGUCUCAGGAAUUUCCAAGACCUUUUUCGGCAUUUUAAACGUUACCUUGUUUUCAUAUCACCGUGGCGUUAGGUGACUGGUGUUCGGUGGCCUCUUCACAUCGUAAAUGCUAUGUUAUUGCAUUGUGCUGCUGGAGUGUCUACGUUUCUCCAAAGGCAAGACGGAUAUGAUACGAUUUAGCGACACUACAGCGUUUCCGUCUGAGUGCUAGGCGAUGCAUUUUGGCAGUGAUGCAACACCCAGAGUUCAAAUGUAUGUGUCUCAUUUUGCGGAAGCCACUAGACGUAUUUCAAAAUGCCCGCCGACCAACGCAUUAUCUCACCAGUGCAGGAUUAUCUACCAAGCCUGGUGGUUAACGUACUGCCUCCCCCCCCCCAUCUCGAGACCUACAACAGCGACUUCAUUAUGCAAUCACGAAUUUCUCAUCUCGUCGGGUACUUCGGCCCAUACUGCCCCCUGGUGCUCUGAGCGCUGGCAGACACCGACAAGGAGGCGGAGAAUCUCAAUCCAAGGUAAACAGUAUGCAGACCUUCUUAUACUUUGCUCAAUUUCGUCGUUUGUAUAGGUCGUCUCCCGAUGAGGAUGGCAUCUCGAAAGCCGCGUUCCUCACAUGGCGCCUUUUGUUCAUGACUAGGGCACUGCAUUUCCAUGGUUUGCGCAGGGUUUGGAUCAUCCAUAUGUGUUCAUUACGAUACCUUGAAGGUAUUUGAUGUUAUUCUCGUACGUUUUUUCCUUUUUUUUCGUACUACAACAAUGGAAUGAACUAUACAUGUGAGGAUCUAGGUAAACAGAUGUUAAUCAUACAUUAAGAUACAUAUUAUUAAGGAGUACUUUGAAGCUGUGCACUGUAUAAUACAACUGUUCACUAUAUUUCAUCAUGAAGGUGUAUACCAUACUUUACUAAGGAGGGUCUGUCGACUUCAUUAUGUUUAUCAUAUAGAAUAUUUAUCUUACUUGGCCAUGUGUUUAUUGAAAGUAUACAGGGUGUUUUCAAAGAGUUAUUUUCUAUGUGUUCACUGCAUGUUUAGAAUAAGAAUGUCACAUACAAAGCUAUUUUGGGAUAAAGCUAUAAAAGCUAGUAUUAAACACUAGGAGAGACCCAACGGUUGCACACGACAAAACUGUCUUGUUAAGUAUUAGUUAAUCUUAUCACUAUGCAAAUGAUGUUAGUGAUACUGACUCCGAGGACUGAAGUGACUAGUGAUGAACGAGUUCUGGAUAUAAUGAUAAUACUGACUCAACACUGAACUAUCUAGGACGUUGUGUUAAUACUUCAGUACUAUAUUGGCUGGGUAUGGACACAUGACUUGUGAUACUGACUUCACACUGUACUAUAUGUGGACGCAUGAAUCCAGUGUUCAUAAACUGACAGCUAUGACACUGACAUCUACCUUGAAUGUUACCUGUCGUUCUGCCUGAAACAAUGAAAACACAUAAGACAUAGAUACUAGACAUAGAUACUUAAUUUUGCUUCACGUGGAUUGCUGACUCGCACUUGAGUAAUCCAGAUUUCGGACAAUCUUUUACAUAAAACUUCAUCAUUGUGCAGCUAAAUGUAGGUUUAGGUGAACAAAAUCUUUUAAAGUAUGGAGCACUAUUAUAAUGCACACAAGUGCACACACGGACACACACACAUACAUACUUUAAUACACAUGCAAAACCACGUUUGUGCAUGAGAGUUCAUGUUCUUUUAGUGUUGAAAUUAUGUAGGUGUAUAUGUCGUGUGCGUGUGCGUGUGCAUGUGUGUGUGUGUGUGUGUGUGUGUCUGCCUGUCUGUCAGUGUGCCUGUGUGUGUGCCUGAAUGACCACCUUUAUCCCUACGUGAACAUAACUUCAUUUUUUUUUCUAUUCAUUAUACCUGGCCAUUACAUGAAAUGUACUUAAACCAUUAAAUUCUUGUGAUGCUAAUAUAUUUGUCUUGUCGAUCACCUCUCAGGGUUUGUGUUUUGUAUAAUUUUUCAUAUUUGCUCAUUUAGCCUUUGUAACACGAAACCCCAGGUCGAGAAUAAAAAAUAAUAACCCC